CUUGCACGGCAAGUGAUUGCGUCAGUCUACUUGUGUAUGAAGCCGAUGACGCAUGUGCUUUUCGCUUCUCCCCGAAAAAAUAUCCUUGUAUGAUGAUGUUUCUUGUUUAAAACAUAUAUUUGAUGCUGGAAGAAUGUGAUUGACUUAUAGUGACAUUUAAUUAUGUUAGCUAUGAUGAAAAUGUAUCGUUUAAUGUGUUCAUUGAUUUAAAUGAUGUAUAUCAUGACGCUAACUAAUUAGCAUGGUAUGCUUAGUAUGCUGUAGUAUACCAGAGAGGGAGAAGCUGUGCUCCACUGAAUAUUUCCAUUAAUUACAGAGUUACAGUGCUGAAUCUCAACAAGUGGUCGUGUGGUCCUUGUGUGAGUGUGAGAGUGACCGGUCCAGACACGCUACAUUUGCUUUGGUUGGGCUCUUGACCCUUGACUGGCCAAAAAGCCAAGAAAAAUUGUGCUCAGGUGGUGUUGAACACACAAAGAAUUUGCUGUUUGCUGUUAUAUAAUUUUUUGUAAAUUAUUAGAGAAUCAAUGUAAUGAACAGUUAAACAAUAAAUGAAAUAAAAAGAUAAAUCACAUGACAUUGUGAUUUUCUCCUUUGGUGAUUCUGCUUGUUAUCAUCAGGUGUCUUCAAUAAUGGUCAAUCAUCACUCAAUUAAUUUCUCAUUAAUUUUAAGACUGCUUCAGUGAGUGGAAAAAAAUAUGGCAAGACUUUUACUUUCUGAGACCUGGACUUUCCACCUCUGAAUAAUACUCUGAAAAAUAACACUUCUUCCCCCAGUUUCACAGACAAUGCUUAAGCUAAUCCUAAAUGCAUGUUUGAGCUGUUUCAACUGACAGCAACUUGCACUGACAGAUCUUAAAAUAUGUCGGACCCAUUGUUUUAUCUCAAGAUGCACAACAGUAAUGUUUUUUGUUGUUGUUGUUGUUGUUGUUUUAGUGUAUGUUUAUAAAAGUUGCUUAAAUGUCCUAACUAACUGUUGAACUAAGACUUAAUCCUGGCUUAGGUUAAGCCCUGUCUGUGAAACCGUGCCCUUAUUAUAUAUAUAUAUAUAUAAACAAACCAAUUGUAAAUAAGGUCACAAAACAUUAUAGGUUAUUUCCCUCAGUCCAUUCAAUGAAUUAAGUUUAGAAAAAUAUACCCCAGCCCAUUCAAUUAAUUGUUUCAAGUUCAGGAAAAAGUUCAAAAGGAAAAAUUAUGAUACCAAUAAAUUGAUGAGAAGACAAGAAGUCAAAGAUCCAAACUCAGUCUUGGUGACUCGUCAUCGGAAAAUACAAAUUUCAACACAUACAACAAAACUUGCCUUUUCCUCUGAAUUAACAGUGAUUUGUUUUUAUUUAAAUCCAGAUUACACCAUGAACUACAGCGAAUAACUCCUCUAGUUUUGGCUCGAUGCUCUGGAUAAACAAGGCCAUACAGUCUCGUCUGCGCUUCACAGUGGAUGGAGUCAGCAUUGCUGCUGAACACACUCAAUUUGACACUUUACACCUGCAGUGCUGAUUCCAAUUCUAUAUACUAGUUUUACUACAUAAAUAAGCCAAAAUGAUUUUUUUUCUUUGGACUGCAAAGUAACUAAUUUGAGUCUGGGUUACACACUGACAUCAGUGUUGGGUCCACCAAACUAGAAGACGUUCUCAAACUUCAGGUGCUUCAAGUGCAGCGUCCAUGACGGCUGGAGGCCAUGAUUCGUGAACAAUUUAUUUUUCUCAGAUUCACCAAAGUAACAAAAUCUGCAAUCAAAACUCAUCAUGAACUCAAGCUUUUCUUGUCAAAUUUCCCCAAGACCAAAUAUCAGAGGCAGCCAAAUUUCUCUAAAUGAACAAUUACAUUCACAGGUUACUGUGUGCUUCAUUAACUCUCAUUUAUGAAUUUUGCUUGAACACAAGCUAAAAUAUAAGAUAAUUGUAAAUAAUUGUUUUUUAGUCAAAAUGGACCCUGCAAUGUUUGUUCUCUUUUAUUUUAUCUGCUCAAACAUCAGUGUGUCUGGUUUGAUUUGUCGGUAAAUAGACAGCUUGUGCUGGAUGUUGGUGUGUGCGUCAGCAGUUUGUGGCUGAGGCGUUUCUUCAUUUGCUCUCACAAUCUCACAAUCUUUCACUCCACACAAAACAUCUUAUACUGAAAUAAAGUGAAUCCAUCAACAGUCAAAUAAGAGUCAGAGAUCAAAUAUGACUGACAGCUCACCACACCAAAUAACACACCAGUAGACACAGAUAUCUAAUCCAAUAUUUCACUCUUCUGCUAUUCAUUUUCAUUCAGGGCCAGAAUUAAUCCAAAAAUGUAAGAUCAGCAAAAGCUAGCUGAUUUUCUUGAAGUUAAAGGAGACGGAUGUGUGAGCGGAAACUAACUGAGGUUGGGGGAGGAUUCACACUCAACUAGAUAAAUAUCACAGUUCAGUCAUGUUUCUGGUCAAUCUGAGUGUUUUCAGACAUUUUAAGAGUAACUAUCGUGAGCUUUACAGUGAACCGAUGAAGAAAAUGUUUCUCAAAUUAGUUUUGACCUGUUUCUGUCUGUGGCGUCUGGAUGGUGUGUUUGGUGCUAUAUUACUGAUACCAGUCACAGUGAUUGAGGGAGAUUCAGUCACUCUAAACUUUCAUCUUACUGAAAGAAUUGAUGAUGAGAUUCAGUGGAGUUUUGAAGACACUUUAAUAGCUGAAAUCAAUGUAACGGCCGACAGCUUCACUGUAUAUGAUGAUGUUCUUGAUGGGAGAUUCAGAGACAGACUGAAACUGGACAAUCAAACUGGAUCUCUGACCAUCACAAACACCACAACUGAACAUGCUGGACAUUAUUCAGUAAGAUAUAUACUGGCCAACUACCCAAUGAUGAUGACCUUUAUUCUCACUGUCUAUGGAGUGGAGUCAGUGUCAGUGAAUGAGGGAGAUUCAGUCACUCUAAACUCUGAUCUUACUGAAAUGAAGGAUGACGAUGAGAUUCUGUGGAUGUUUGGAAAUGAAGAAACUUUAAUAGCUGAAAUCAAUGUAACGGCCGACAGAUUCACUGUAUAUGAUGAUGUUCUUGAUGGGAGAUUCAGAGACAGACUGAAACUGGACAAUCAAACUGGAUCUCUGACCAUCACAAACAUCAAAACUGAACAUGCUGGAGAUUAUAAACUACCUUUUAAACUUGUGAUCAAGAUUUUCAAUAUCACUGUCUACGGUGAGUUUAAUAUUGGUUUCACUGAUUUUAUUUAUUACAGCAUUAAAGUAAAUCUAGAAGAGUAUCAUGACUAAAUACUUAAAAUGACUAAUUAGCUUAUUUUUCUCUAGGUUCAUAUUUAACUUUCUAUAUCAGAUUGGUUCCUCUCAAAGUUUCUUCCUCGUCUGCUUGAAUAUCUUCAUUCAUCCUCAUUUCUCUUUAUUCUCUGAUGUUUUUCAGCUCGUCUGCCUGUUCCUGUCAUCAGCAGAAACUCUUCACAAUGUUCUUCAUC